GCGGUGCCGUUGUGGUUCCGGGGAUGGCGGCGGAGGGGCGGGCACGGCGCUGGCAGCGGGGCCGAGCUGAGCCGCGGGCCCGCAGUGAGCAGACACGCCGGGGGCGAUGAGCAGCCAGCGCUGACCCGGCCCGGCCCGGCCCGCAGCGGACAUGGACGCGGAGGCGACCAUCCCCAUCUGGCAGAACAAACCCCAUGGCUCMACUCGCAGCGUGGUCAGGAUGAUUGGCUCCAACCUCCCCCUGAAACCCUGUCCCAGGGCCACCUUCGAGGUCCUGCCAAGUAUGUCAGAGCUGUAUCUGAACGAUGUGCCCCCUGUCCCCACCCUGGCUGACAUCGUGUGGAUCGCAGCAGAYGAUGAGGAGACCUACGCCAGGGUCAGAAGCGACACCCGCCCGCUGAAGCACAAAUGGAAGCCGAGUCCCUUCACAGUGAUCCAGAGGAACGCCUCAGUGCCCAACCUGAGGAAGCAGGAGGAGAAGCUGCUGGCCCUGAAGAARCCUGGAUUGCCAGCUCUGAGCAGGACCACGGAGCUGCAGGAUGAGCUGAGUCACCUGCGGAGCCAGAUCGCAAAAAUCGUGGCUGCAGAGUCAGCCUCUGCCCAGCUGACCCCAGAUCUGUUAUCCCCUGGCAGCUCUAAUGCCUCCUCCCCCGUGCAUUGCUUUGGACCCUCUUUCCAAUCCACCACCUCGUUUGUSAUCAGUGAUAUCACAGAGGAGGAGGCAGAGCUGGACAGCCCCGAGCUGCCCUCGGUGGCCCUGCCCUCGGUGUCCAUGGAGAGCUGCAAAGCAGAGCCAAAGGACCCCGAUGAGGAGGACUCCGUGUCCCUGUCCAAGGCCAGCAGCUUUGCUGACAUGAUGGGAAUUCUCAAAGACAUUCAUAGGAUGAAGCAGAGCAAAGAUUUGAACCGCCCUUCCAUGAAGGAGGAGGACCCGGCCGUGCUCAUCGCCGAGGUGCUCAGAAGGAAAUUUGCCCUCAAGGAUGAGGACCUGGCCCUGAAGGAGAAGUGAUGCUGCUGCCACUCAGCUUUGUAAGCAAAAGCAAAAAAGCGUUUGUGCUCCCAAAAUCUCCUCCACAGUAGCUGCCUUCUCCUAAGGAUCGAGCCUUUGCCUCUUUUAUUAAUCAGAUUUGUGCACYGGACACUGAAUUAGGAGAGACCCCACGGAUUUGAUGUGUUUUCCAUGUGUUGUUCUAUUUAAGACAAACCUUUUUGAGAAGAUGGAAGUUCUUUUCCACCCGUGUUUUGGUGUUGGUGGUUGAUGAGGAUCUCCUGGAGUGCUGCUGGAUGAAAUUCUUUCUACCGACACUUUUCCUUAGGUUCCAAUGAAGCAUUAACCCAUAAGGAUAGACCCAGUUUGUUUCCAUUUCCAGUUUUGAGCAGGACAAAGCUGCAGUGCUCUGUCCUGAGAGCUCAUUGAUGCUUCCAGCUCUCUCCAGGGCUUUGGGGGCUGUUGGAUCAUGGUGGGAAAAGGCAUUUUCCCCAAAACCCCCUGGCUCAGGUCAGAGGGAUCUCACACGGCCUGGCUGUUUGUUAUCUCACAGAUUAGCCCACAGUUGCAUGACAGAAUGGCCUUAAUUUCUUGCCAGUAAUUUAAUGUUCCAUUCCCCAUCCUUGUAUCCCAAACCUGUGUUUUAUUUUACCUUCAGAAGAUUUAUUUAUUGAGGAUGCAAAGGGCUGAGCACCCAGCCCAGAGCAGCACCUUUGCUGUGGCUGCAGCUCCCCCUCGCUCACAGAGGUUUCCCUCAGCUCCACCUUCUCUGCAGUGUCCCUCAUGGCUGUAUUUAAAGAAUGAUUUUUUUUUUCUUUAUAUAAAAUGGAGCCUUAAUAAGACACYGAUGGUCUGUGGGGUU